GUUUGUUGUUGAUGGGUUUGUAGAGAUCAAUGUUCCGACGGGGUUUUCUUGAAAGUUUCUUGAAGUUUUUUUCCUCAUUCGGAAAUUUUUGAUGGGUAAAAGAAAAUGUGAGUUUGAUUGGGUUCGUCCAUGGGAUCGAUAAAGGGUUCUUUGGCAAAUGAUCUUCAUGAGUUUUGUCUGUUGGUUUUCCUAAGGUGGAUGCUUCCGAGAUGAAGCUCUUCAUCUACUCCUGUUUCUAAUCGAUAAAUAAAAACUUUUAAGAUUUUCUUCAAUAUUUUUAAUAUCUCCAAAUUUUACGCUAUUGGUUGCACUUAAUUGUGAUGCGACUUUUUCAAGCGUUGAGGAUUUUCCUGUGCUACUGUUUUGAUUUUCUUCUUCAAUGAGCAAAAAGAAAAUAACUUGAUGAUUUUAAUCUCCAAUUUGUCUGGACUAGUUUGGAGAGAGUCUCUGUAACAAUUAUGUGAUAUACAUUUGGGGUUGUCUCAUCAAAGAUCACUUUGUCUCUUUAUUAGAUCAACUUCCCUUUUUUCUUUUUUGGGACUAAACCAUAUCUCUAGUAGAUGAUGUGCUGCUAAGACCACCAAAAACAUCAAAUAGGGGUUUCAAUCAUGGGGAAGGAGAAAGCUGUUUCUGGAAACACCACCAUUCCGCUCCUUGCUCGCCCUAUAACUCGUGCCCUUGCUUCUGCUCUGCGUGCUUCUUCUAAACUGGUUACAUCUUCAGAUGUGGCUGCCAUCACACUGAUCAACAAGGGAAUGGUUCUGAGAGCAAACAGUAAAAGAACAGCCUUGGAUGAUACGACAACCAAUGCACCUAAGAAGAGAGCUGUUCUUAAGGAUAUCUCAAAUGUUACCUGCGAGAAUUCUUAUACCACAAGCUGCUUCAGUGCAGCUAAAACACAGGUGGAAAAUGUUGAGCAGAUAGAGAAGGGAAGGGCAGGUUCUUCCAAGGUGGCAUCAUCUUCUACUACUUCGGAAGUUACAGAUAAUGCAAAGUCAAAAGUUGUGUCUGAUUCAGCAGGAGUAAGCUUGUCUGGCUGUACAGGCACAAACAAAGCAUCUUGUAGCUUUUCCAGGUUGCCUCCAAGACCACCCCCUGUGAGAUCAACUUCUUCUACAGUUGAGACAAGUAGCCCAAAAUUCAUUGACAUUGAUUCAGAUGUUAAGGAUCCUCUACUCUGUAGCCUUUAUGCACCUGAAAUACACUACAACCUGCGUGUUGCUGAGCUUAAACGCAGACCAUGUCCUGGUUUUAUGGAGAGAACACAAAGAGAUGUGACUCAGACAAUGAGGGGAAUCCUGGUUGAUUGGCUUGUUGAGGUCUCAGAGGAAUACACACUUGUACCUGACACUCUCUACCUCACAGUGUAUCUCAUAGAUUGGUUUCUGCAAGGGAACUACAUGGAAAGACAAAGACUUCAAUUGCUCGGUGUCACUUGUAUGCUCAUUGCUUCGAAGUAUGAGGAAAUCAAUGCACCACGCAUUGAAGAGUUCUGCAGCAUAACGGAUAACACUUACACAAGAGAUGAGGUGUUGGAAAUGGAGAGCCAAGUACUGAAGCAUUUUAGCUUUCAAAUUUACACUCCCACUUCUAAAACAUUCCUCAGGAGGUUUCUCCGAGCAGCUCAAGCUUCUCACUUUAUGAUGCCAAGUGUGGAAAUGGAGUUUCUGGCGAAUUAUCUGACGGAACUGACGUUAGUAGAGUAUGAGUUCUUGAAGUAUCUUCCUUCGGUUAUAGCUGCAUCGGCUGUGUUUCUUGCCAAGUGGACAGUGAACCAAUCAAGCCACCCUUGGAAUCCAACACUGGAGCAUUACACAACGUACAAAGCCUCGGAUCUUAAAACAUGUGUUCAGGCCUUGCAAGAGCUGCAGCUGAACACCAAAGGAUGUCCCUUAAACUCCAUACGCAUGAAGUACAAACAAGACAAGUUCAAAUCCGUAGCAGUGUUCAUUUCUCCUAAGCUACCUGAUAGGCUAUUCUGAGCAAAAGAGACUAAACCGAGCGCGGUUCAUCUCCUAACACGAAGACUGUAACAACAUUUUGUGGUGGACCGUCCUCCGGUCAUUGAUUUGAUCAUCUGUUACUCACUCCCUCUCUCUCUCUCUGUCAAAUAAAACGGUAGCAGCAAUCUUUCCACGGUCUCAUCAUACCAAAGAGUAACCGGUAUAAUCCGGUUUAGUGUAGACUUGUUUGGUUCUUCCAAACCUGAUUUGUUCUGGUCGAGAUUGUUUUUUUUACUACUCGAAAGCAAUUUUCAAAUCAAUCCCUUAAUUAAUUUUU